ACUCCGUCAUCUACUCUUCGCAUCCUAAAAAACUCCCCACACAGCUGCACAUUUUCUCACCAUACCACUCAAAACAAAUGGCCGCCACUCUCUCCAUCUCCCGCCUCCUCUUCUCUCCGACCACCGUCGGAGCAGCAACCGCCACCGCCACAUCAACCACCGCCAAAUCCCUUUCCUCAAAGCUCUCGUUCACUCCUCUCCCACUCAAAACCCAAUCCAAAUUCCCAAAAUUCAAAACCCUAACCACCAAAUCAACCGCCCCCAUCACCGCCGCACUAUCCCUCGGGGACAAGCUCCCAGACUCCACCCUCUCCUUCUUCGACGCCGACGGAGAGCUCCAAACCACCACAAUCUCCUCCUUAACCUCCGGCAAAAAGUCAAUCCUGUUUGCCGUGCCGGGAGCAUUCACCCCCACAUGUUCCCAGAAACACCUCCCGGGUUUCGUGGAGAAAUCCGCGGAGCUGAAAUCGAAAGGAAUCGACGUAAUCGCGUGCAUUUCGGUAAACGAUGCAUUCGUAAUGAAAGCGUGGAAGGAGAAUCUGGGGAUUAAGGAUGAGGUGUUGCUGUUGAGCGAUGGAAAUGGGGAAUUGACUAAGAAAUUAGGGUUUGAAUUGGAUUUGAGUGAUAAGCCUAUUGGGUUGGGGGUUAGGUCAAGGAGGUAUGCUAUUUUGGCUGAAGAUGGGGUGGUUAAAGUUCUUAAUGUGGAAGAAGGUGGUGCUUUUACUUUCAGUGGUGCUGAUGAUAUGCUUAAGUUGCUCUAGAUUUUAGAGUUUUGGUAGCUGUUUUUUUGUUUGUUUGGUUGUUGUUUUUGAUGAAGAUGCUUAAUAAUAUGAUGAAACCUUGAGUUGGGUUUGGUUCA